CAUGCCCAUUCUGGGUAUCAACCUCUGUCUCUUCGCGAUCCGUCUGUGACUCUUGUCCCUCGCAUAACGUCUUGCUCGUCACAUUCCUUUUCCCUGCUGCCGCGUCUCGAGAGCCCAAUCGUCCGAAUCGCCGCCCCCUGCGUGUCGUAGCCUUGCCGAAUCCCCUCUCGCCCGUGCAAUCUCCAUCUGUGCCUGACGCCGUCCAACUACCGCGCCGACGACAAAUCUGCCGCCCCUUGGAGCCGCUCCCGCGGCAUUCCAACUUGCUCGUCCUUGAUGGCGACUACCAACCUUAUCGCAGAGGCUCACGAUGGCCAAGCACAGCAGCGGCGAAGACCAUUCUCAACAUGGGUCAAGAAGCUCACCAACUUCAAGUCGUCAUCGGACGGCGAGCGGCAGAAACGACACAUAAGGAUACGGCGUGGCCCCAAGCUCAACAAUCCAUAUCCCCAGUCCGGGCACGUCAGUAACAACCAUGCCAACGGCCAAAGCUCUUAUUCGUUCGCUACCGGCCGCACCGACUGUAGUCUCUCUACGCUAGAUCAACCAACUCGCUUUUCAGCGGAUGGGUAUGCACCACCGACUGUGGGCAGGAGGAGUUUAACUACGACCAUAUCCACCGAAACCGAGCCUGAUCGCCCUCGAUCCGUCAUCGCGCCGAGUCGCGCUCUGAGUCGCGCGCCGAGCUCUGUGACAGGAACAAGCAGAACUGUUGGGGGAGGACAAGAGUCCAGAAGAGGUGGUGAUAGUACAUUUUCAAGCCCGUCUCCAUCGGUCAGGUCCCUCGCUACAACAUUAACCACUAUUCAAUCCUUUGCGCCCCAUGGACAGGCCCCGGUGGCUCCCACUCACAGCAUCACUCAGUCAAUCCAGUUCAGCCAGCCAUUCCCUACGGCUUCCCCGGCAUCGGCCAUUCCAGCGCAUCUUAUCCCGGCGAACCACCUGACGACAUACACGACGGCCACGGCCAACAACCUCCUCACAGACAAUGCAUCCAUUCUGACUCUGGCUUCAUCGAGCAAACGAGGUCGUCGACGAUCGAUGGAUACUGAUGCGUCCGUUCGUGCUCUUGCUCCAUCGUCUCUCUGGGGCGGCAGCCGCGAAAGCCUGCCCCUGAGCGUCCUCAGCGCCAACAUCGACCCUACGUCCAGCCUCCACAACGCCUCCAGGCUCGGCGCAGAACGCAACAGCAUCUAUUCUGCAACCGGAGUGGCCCCAGCGAUCCCGAGCGAGCGCAACAGUCUCUAUGCUAAGCAGGGCGACGGUGCAAGCGUUAGGAGCGGCCGCUUGGGACACGGUCGACCCGAUAGUAUAAGCGGCAGCGUUGCACUCGCCAGCCCCCGAGAGGAGGACUAAACCUGCAACAUUCAUUUUAAACCGCCAUCUUUUAUUGUUUUUGUAUUGGGCGUUCUGGGGGAGGACUGUGUCCGCAUUUCUUA